UCGAUUUUUGACAGUCCCACUUUUGACAAGGACUUGCGGAUCCAUGUCAACCAGGCUGUAGGUUCUGCCUCCAUCUCUCCAGGAGGAAGAGAUGUUGUUCUGGCAUCUCAACAAGGUCUUCACAUUAUAGAUCUCGAUUCACCAUUUUCUCCUCCGCGUCAUCUUCGUCAUCAAACUCCAUGGAUCCCGGCCGAUGUACAAUGGUCUCCCUUUGCUUCACGAUAUUAUUGGGUAGUCAGUACUUCCAACCAACGCGCUCUAGUCUGGAAUCUCGAACUCGCCAGUCUUCAGGCUCCAAUAGAGCAUACUUUGCAUGCUCAUUCAAGAGCUAUCACUGACAUUAACUUUUCCCCCUUACAGCCUGAUCUACUUGCUACUUGUGCAGUUGAUGCUUUUGUACAUUGUUGGGAUUUGCGCGCUUCCGCAAGACCUGUAAUCAGCUUUUGCGAUUGGUUCGCUGGUGCAACUCAAGUCAAGUGGAACAGACGGAACCCCCACAUUGUUGCCUCAUCACACGACAAAUACUUACACAUCUGGGAUGAUCGCAAAGGUGCAAUCCCUCUCCAGACCAUCGAAGCUCAUCAGACAAAAAUCUAUGGAAUUGAUUGGAGCCGUACUGAAGAGACCAAGAUUGUCACCUGUUCCCUUGAUCGAACCAUAAAGGUCUGGGAUUAUGAGGUUUCCGAAGUAGAGCCCGAACGUGUCAUCAAUACGCCAUUCCCGGUAUGGCGAGCCAGAUACACUCCUUUCGGCAAUGGUGUGUUGGCCAUGCCGCAGAGAGGAGAUCAUGAUUUGCACAUGUAUGACUGCAGGCCAUCGAAUGUGACCAACACACCAGCGCUCACAGAUCCCAAUUACCGCUUCACUGGACAUGAAGAACAAGUCAAAGAAUUUCUUUGGCGAGGACGUGGAAAUAUUGAUGAGUACUCGGAUAGCCGUGACUUCCAGCUGGUAUCCUGGGGAGCUGAUCGCGAAUUGAUUCUGCAUCGUAUGGGAGACAAGCAGCUCCAGUCGAUCGGCUUCCACAAAGGCAUGCUCAUGGAUACCCCUCCAAAGCUCACUCGAAUCGGUGCUCCCUACAAGUCUUUCAGAGAUCGACCCACACAUCCUCACACAAUGGCCGAUGGCACCACACACAGCUUUGAGCUUUCUAAUCUAGGGACCAGUCCUGGAAUGAACAAAGUGCCUAUACCUAUGCCGGGUGGUUGGGCCGAUGAUAGCCAGAUGAUGACCUACUCGGGUAUAGAAACUCGAAAUGCCAGACCACAAGACAAUGGUCUAAUCUCGUGGAUGAAAGGUGUCAAGUUUGGAAAGCGCAAGCCGAGUUCGCCAGACAGUGACGAGAUUAUUCAUGUGGGCGAAAAGUUCACUCGUGUCACUGUUGAAGAAGCAGAUGUGUCGAACAGGCAGGUCAAGAUCUCUCUUAAUGGACCGUGGGCUGCUGAAGGAAAGUUGGCUUUCAUGCAACUUUGCAUGGAGUUUCCUGUGGAUUAUCCUGAAAAGUCAGCUCCUUGGUUUCAUCUUGAGAAAGCGUCCGCCUUGUCAGAAGAGAAAGUAGCAGAGCUCGAGGGUAACCUACGCAAGAUUGCUACAGGUUACCUGAUACAUCGCAGAGGAUGUAUUGAAGGGUUCUUGUCCUAUCUGACCGGCGAAAGAGACCUACAGGAAAGUAUCAGUUGGUUGGGUCUUAGUGGCCACGAUGGAGUCGCACCUGGAGAGGAAGCUGAGAGUUCUAGUGAUGAGGAAGACGGCCUAUUAGGCGACUUUGGUGGCGGUGCUGGGGAAUCACAAACGUUGGGCAUGGAAGGAAGUAUGGGAUCAGGCAUCUUUAGCACCAACGCCAACGUGCCUCUUCCCAGGACUUGCGGAGCGCUUUGGGCGGCAAACGGACAACUGAUCUGUUUCAUGCCUCCCAAAGAGGAGCCUCGCUCAAUUCUACAGAAAUUCGCAGUAGACGAGCGGAGCCGCAAUCGUGGAAGCAGGGAGAUCUUCGAAGGGUUUGGAAGGCUACAUCCCGGCCAGACAGAGUCCAAGUCCAAAAGCAGACCUAGUGCUGAUGCAUUCAAUGCUGAUGAUUCGGACAAUAGUUCCGAGUUUUCAGAUUCGAGUUCGUCUUCAGGCUCUGAUGAGCCCGAAAUGUUCCUUCGUCGGUUCCAACCACCAUCGGCCUGGCACGGCGGAUCUCUGCGCUUCCCACGGCUCAAGGGACUUCGCACACAUUCGACUGAAGGCUCACUACCGACGAGUAAUGGACUCAACAAGAGGGUUGGUGGUGCUAGAAACAAAGUCAGGAUCAAGAUUCUUGAUGUGGAGAGCUUGUUGCCUUCAAAGCGAAGUCUUGCGUCGGAGUAUCUUAUUUAUGGCGAUGGUGAGACUGUCUGCUCACACAAUGCAAAAGCAGCCUUGCAUCACGGCUUCAACGAGCUGGCCGACAUCUGGGAAUUUGUUGGUUUGAUCUUGGCUAAAAGAGUUCCUUUGAGCUUGCUUUCCAUUCCAAGACAAGAGACCGAUAUCCGGAUCCUGGCGCGUAGCUUGCUCAUGUCGUCGCAAAGAAACGACAGUGGGCUUGAUUUGUCCUUUGAUGAGCCCGAAGCUGUACUUAAUCCACAGGAAACAGCUCUCGUCAAGUGGGGAACUCACCCAUUCGCUGGAUCAUGGCUGAUCGACACACUAUUUGCCUAUUUCGAAAACCUUGCAGACGUUCAGAUGCUGGGAAUGCUAUCAUGCAUA